GGACUGGAGGAUGACGGAUCCAAACCACCCCAUGAACGCUCUGAUGCGUCUGAACCAGAUCCACCCGGGCCUGCAGUACCGCCUGCUGUCCCAGUCCGGCCCGGUGCACGCUCCGGUCUUCACCAUGUCUGUGGAGAUCCAGGGAACCACCUACCAGGCCACCGGGAACUCCAAGAGAACCGCCAAGCUGCAGGUGGCCCUCAAGGCGCUGCAGGCUCUGGGAUUCGUGCUCGGUGGUGAUGGAGACGUGGACUCUCUGAGCGCCGACGAGAAGUCAGACGGCGAAGGCAAAAACGACAGGAUGUCCACCAGCUCCAGCUCCACGUCCAUCACGUCCUCCACAGACACGCAGGAG